CGCGGAAGUCAGUGACGCACCACUACACACAGCUGCUCAGCGAGGGCAGCGCAAUAAACACAACGUCGUCAUUCGGUGCCAAACACGGAGAGCAGCACGGGCAAGGUGUCGGAAUUCAGACCAUCAUGCCCUUUGCUCUGGUAGCAGAACAGGAAGUGUGUGUGUGAGCGUCCCUGGUUGGCUCUGCUGGGAUGAACAUGCCACUGCACCAAAUCUCUGUCAUCCCCCGUGAUGUCACCUCAUCGCGGGUGUCAGGCAGCGGGAAAGCUAAGGACAAGGACAAGGACAAGCAGAAUGAAAAGCCUCUGGGUCAUUCUGCAAGCAGGUCCAGCAAUAUAUCAAAGGCAGGGAGCCCGACUUCAGUCAACGCUCCAUGCAGUUUCUCAAGGACCUCAGUUUCCCCCUCCAGCCAGGACAUCUGCAGCAGUCAGGUUCAGGACUAUCAGAAGCAGACUGCAGUGGUCCUGUUGAAUUCAAACGGAAAAACCUGUCAAGGUUCUGGAGGUAUUUCAGUGACCACCCUCUGCACAAACGCCCUACCAGCCUCUAAACAUGCCAAACAACGAGACUGGCUUUCCCUGCUGCGCCCUUCCUCCGUCAACAUCCACCCCAGCGGGGCGCUCAGGUUUUCCGUGUCCCUGAAUGACGUGGGCCAACGUGUGGACAGCCUUUGUCGCGGUCUGCACUUUAUAGACCGCACCUGCUCCGAGGGAGAACUGGAGCUGAAGCCCGAGCCCACUCAGCCAGCCGGUUCGGAUCGAAGGGCGCACACACUCAACGGCAAGCUGGCCGCUGCACCCACACACCAGAUCCCAAAUCCGACCUUCUCAACAUGCCCCCACCCCCACCUCGUCCCUGCCUUCACCAACAACUACAAAGACAUGUUGGGCAACCCUCCCGCUAAUUAUCUUCCAUCUGACCCUUCCAUCAUCGCUUCUGCUCCUCCUCUUUCCAACUCCCACCUCCACCCACAUCACGGUCAGAGCGCCAACGUCCUCCGUGUCCUCCUCCCCUUCUCUCGAUCCUCCACCUCGGCCAGCCUGCAGUGCUCCGAGCUGGGCAGCUACGCCUCCCACCUCCACAUCACCAAGUCCUCCAGCGUCCUGCUGGAAGGCAGUGAGUCAGGGUUCCCUGUUGAUGAUCUACUGGGAGAUGACGACGUGUUCGAGGAGGACCGACUCAGUACAGCUUCAAGGAAGACGGGCCAGCUGGCCACCCCAAAAACAGUCACCGUGGCUGGGAGUGGAGCCCUCUUAGCCCCCCUGUGCUUAAUGGAUGAGGAUGCCGACUUGGACUGCUGCCCCUCCCCUUUGUCAGAGAAAACAGGGCCACUGUCACCUUAUUCACUUUCUGGAGACUGGUGCAGGAUUUGUCACUGUGAAGGGGAUGACGAGAGUCCUCUGAUCACACCAUGCCACUGCACGGGAAGCCUGCGCUUCGUCCACCAGUCCUGUCUGCAGCAGUGGAUCAAGAGCUCCGACACUCGCUGCUGUGAGCUCUGUAAAUAUGAGUUCAUCAUGGAGACCAAGCUCAAACCACUGCGCAAGUGGGAGAAGCUACAGAUGACGGCGAGCGAGAGAAGGAAGAUCAUGUGUUCGGUCACCUUCCAUGUCAUCGCCAUCACCUGCGUGGUGUGGUCGCUCUACGUCCUCAUCGACAGGACAGCGGAGGAAAUCAAACAAGCCGGAAGAAUCCCAGGACUCCUUGAAUGGCCUUUCUGGACCAAACUGGUGGUGGUGGCCAUCGGCUUUACGGGUGGACUGGUGUUCAUGUACGUCCAGUGCAAAGUCUACAUCCAUCUAUGGAAGAGACUGAAGGCUUACAACCGGGUCAUAUACGUCCAGAACCGGCCAGACACGUGUAAAAAGCUGGCGCUGGAGAAGCCGCCCCUCAUGGAGCCGAGUCUGGAGAACAAGGAAGCUCUGGCGCCGACCCUGUCCGACACAAACUCCUCCCAGUACACAGAGACAGAGGACUACAGUAUGGAGGUGCUCCACGUCUGA